GCUUUAUAAGAUGGUUAAGUUACACGGCAGCUACAAAAGGCUUUUGCAAAUAUAUACAUUGUCGUCAAACAUUAUAAGCACGCCGCUUUUGGCUAGCAGAUGUGCUUCUGCGCACCGAAAUAGACACGAAAUCCGCUUCAAGACGCACGAUCUCUCCCCUUUCUCCCUUUAGACUUCGGGUGCCGACGAACGAGCUCUACAGGAGAGACAGAGGCAGCACAUGGCGAGAGGUUUGCCAAAACAGAAACCCAUAGCUGGAGUCAAAGAUGUCAUUGUAGUUGCGUCAGGGAAAGGAGGGGUGGGGAAGUCCACAACAGCAGUGAAUCUCGCUCUUGGACUUAUGGCUAACGAUCAGAGUAAAUCGGUGGGACUUCUCGAUGCUGACGUCUACGGCCCCUCCAUUCCAAAGUUAAUGAACUUAAAAGGUCACCCUGAAUUAACAGACAAGAACUUAAUGAGGCCACUUGUGAAUUUUGGAAUUCCUUGUAUGUCAAUGGGCUUCCUGGUUGAAGAGGUUGCACCUAUAGUGUGGAGGGGUCUGAUGGUGAUGUCAGCUAUUGAGAAACUCAUUAGACAGGUAGAUUGGGGGAAUCUGGAUUACCUUGUGAUUGAUAUGCCACCUGGAACUGGAGAUGUCCAGCUGUCUAUUACUCAGAAUAUUCCUAUAGCUGGUUCUGUAAUCGUGUCUACGCCUCAAGACAUUGCCUUGGUAGAUGCACGAAGAGGAGCGGAGAUGUUCAGAAAGGUCAACGUUCCGGUGCUGGGUCUGGUUCAGAACAUGAGUGUUUUCCAUUGUCCCAAGUGCAAUCAUCAAACACACAUUUUUGGCUUAGAUGGCGCUAAAGAGCUGGCUCAGGCCCUUGGUGUUGGGGUGCUCGGAGACAUUCCUCUUCAUCUCAACAUUAGAGAGAUGUCAGACAAGGGACAGCCCGUGGUUGUGUCAUCCCCUGAUAGUCCAGAAGCCGAGGCUUACAGAAGAGUUGCAGCAGCAGUAGUACAGCGACUAACAGAGCAUCCGAGAUAAAUGAGGAACAUGUAGUUUUGCUGACCUAAGGAAAAUAUCAGUAUUGUAUCGUUAUCUCCUAUUUGUUAACCCGUUUAAAUCGGUAACACGUACUUAUUAGAAUACUAUAAUUUAUGUUCUUUAUUUAUGCACUGACACGCAGUUAAUGUUAUUUAGAGACAUAUUAAUAAAUCAUUUUGGCAAAAAGUAAGCUGUCAUUUUAAUGAAAACAAGAACUCACUGCAGUUAUGAUCAUAUUAUAUGUAAUGUCCUUUUGCUAGUAUAAAUCUCAGAUAUGGAUCUUUUUCCACCAGAAUAGAAAAAGGCACUGGGUCAAAAGGUCGAUAUUGGCGGCUUCAGUCAUUGAUUUUAUUUACUUAAGCAAAGUGUCACUCCACGUUCAUAAAGCUGUUCAAUACAGGUCUUGACCACUUGAUGGCAGCGCAUAUGUUUUCAGACGUCCGAUUGUGCUUUGUUUGAUUUAUAGUGAGAGCUAAAAUAGGUCUUUCACUUAAACUAUGACAGAUUUCCCUCUUUUGACAGUAACACGAUUGGACUCUUCUGUUACUUCACCACAUUUAAUAAAGAUAAACGUUCCUGGUCCAAUAGGAAAAGUGGGAUAAAGUUUUCACGGGAUGAGAAAAACAGGGUCACUUCCUGCAUAUUUUCGCAGCUCCCUUGACUCAGCUGAAACAGCCGUAUUCAGUCCACCCCGGCGUAACACAGGCCAGACAGACCAGUCUGUGAUUCAUCACCGCAAUGAAGCUAUUUUGCUUUCUUUUAGUCUCAAUUGCUUAACUGUUCCCAGAAGACUGACCCCGGGGUUUCAGCUGUACAAUGACCUCAGCUGAAUUUGGACGGUUUCGCAUUUGGUGUUAUUUAUUUUCUCUUUGUUUUCACGAUAAAGAAAGCGUUAUCCCGAUAACAUGCCUUGACUGAUGUCAUUGAGCGCAGGGCUGUGACUCACACUCCCAUGAGCGUGUAAUUGAGGUGUAAACGGCAAAUAAACAUCCACCCGUAUAAAGAUGUAUACGAUGUACAGAGCUGGUGUUUCCGUCCAAGAAAGGGAGUUUUACAACGAACGGACCAUUCAUAAAUCCGAACCUAUAUCAGAUGACCUCCUCUCGUGAAACCUUAUCUGCUUGUGAGACACAUGGGCAUAUUCAGAUAACUUAAUAAGCUACAUGACUGAGCUUGCUUCAGGUAAUUCCCAGCUGGCAAGAAACAGAUUUCUAAAACGGUGUCCUUGUGGCGUUCUCAGUGGCAUUAGAAAUGCAGACUUUGCCCCAUGUGGUAAAUGUGGCUUAUAGCUUCCACUUCCUAAGGCUAUGGGAAAAAAAUCAAUAAUUAAAUGGGAUAGCUGUGCAGCCCAAGAGGACAGAGGGCAGUCUUAUUUCUGUGUCAUCUUUGAUUCAUGAGCAGAUCCCGUUAACAAGAUAAGCUGAGGUGCAAACUAAAGACAUUUAAGGAGAAACCGUUAUCUGUAAAAUGAAUCUCGCUCAAGGACCGUCUCGUCACUGUAAAUAAUUUGAGUUGUGCAAUAUAAAACAGCAGAGUUUUCAAUCAGAUCCUGAUCACAUUAUCAUUAUUAUUACUGCAAAUGGCAUAUGUGGUAAUCUCUGCCUUCUUAUGGUUAGUACGUGAUGAAGUCUUCAUGGCGUAUGUAUUGGCUUUAUGCCUGUAAAUUGGCUGAAGCGGUGAUCUGCACAUGUAUAAUAGAAGAUAAAGAUGUAUAAUUGAUUGAAAUUAUGUAAGGUAUGUGCCUUCUGGGGCCGAGGUUUUUCAAAGGAGCUAAAGUAUACUGUUGGCAUGUAUAAUAAAUCUUCAUUAAUGCUUUAUCUCGAGACCGGAAUCUGAGAAACAUCAGAACACUUUUAGAAAAAAAAAUGUGCAAAAAUUGGACCUUUAGGGGCAUCGCAGUGUCU